AGCGGUCUGUUGACGGGACGAUAUACAGCUUCUUCGCCUCUGGCAUUGCAGUUUAUCGUGGACUGAGAUAAUUUAAUUUCACUAUGGGAGCAUCUUCUUCCAGUCUGCUGGAUGAGACUAAAUCCAACUACAUCAGAGGUCGUGCUGAGGCUGAGCUGAAGAACUUCACUCCCCACUACAGACAGCAGUACUUUGUAGCCUUCUGCUCUAAGCUGCAGGAGGAGGUGGAGCAACAGAAAGAAACCCGCACUCAUCUCCUUAAACAGAGGGAUCCCCCUAGGCCAGAGGAGGUGCUCUAUCAGGACAGUGUUCUGCAGUAUGACGACACCAGGAAGUGGAAGGAGAGGUUUGUGGUGAUGAGAGCCAAUCACAGCCUGGAGUGUCAUGACAACCAGGAGAGCUUCAGUAAGGGUGUUCCGGCUAGACAGAGACUCCUACCAUCAGGGGGCGUAGUUCUGACAUCAGAGGAGAAGUACACAGCGCUUGUGGACAAGGCCUUCCCUGACCCUUACGGUUUGAAGGAGGAGACAUCUCCCCCCGUGGUAGUGGUACCUCCUGGUCAGUUCCCCGUCUACCUCAGGCUGCCCUACAGACGAGACGCAUUCUUCAGCUUCCCCCAGGAGGACCGACGAGCAACCUUCCUCUCCAUCCUCACAGGCUGCAUCAGGCAUCAGAACCACAAUUCUCUGAGGCGGUCGUCCUGUGAGUCUCAGGCGUUUCUCAAGGCCAUACAUUUCUAUCGGCAGGAGAAAGGACACUAUGAGUCCUGGGACAUGCUGGUGGGCUGUGAGGAGCAGGUCCUAACCAAUUUGGUUUUGGAGGAGCUUCUACCCUCUCUACAGACAGAACUUCUGACCAGACUAAAGGGGAAGAAAGCAGAGAGGAAGAGGGUUUGGUUCUCUACGUUGGACGCCGCGUACCAUCUGGUCCAGGACCAGCUGAGGGAGGGUCUGAAGGUUCUGAAGGAGGAGUGUAAAGAGACAGCCAGGUCUCAGGAAGCUCUGGUUCGCUCUGAUAUGGACCAGAUAGCCAGUUCUAGAGCCUUCCUACAGGCCAAGCUACAAGCCUCUGUCAGUGACCCGGCAGUAAAGUUCUGCAGUGAGAACGUGUCUCCGUACCUGGCGUCCAUCUUGGAAGAGCUGAUGUCUCCGGUGACGGGGGGCUUCCAGGGGGUUCGGCUUCUCCUGGAGGGGGAAAUGAACGCUCUCAGUCUGGGCUUCCCCGAGGGAGGGGGGCAAGAGGGGUUCAACCAGCGUAACCGUGAACAACGUAACCGUGAACAGCGUAAGCAGCGUAACCGUGAACAACGUAACCGUGAACAGCGUAAGCAGCGUAACCGUGAACAGUGUAAGCGUGAACAGCGUAACCGUGAACAGCGUAAGCUCGAACAGCGUAACCGUGAACAGCGUAAGCGUGAACAGCGUAACCGUGAACAACGUAAGCGUGAACAACGUAAGCGUGAACAGCGUAAGCGUGAACGUAACCGUGAACAGCGUAACCGUGAACAACGUAACCGUGAACAGCGUAACCGUGAACAACGUAACCGUGAACAACGUAACCGUGAACAGCGUAACCGUGAACAGCGUAAGCGUGAACAGCGUAACCGUGAACAGCGUAAGCAGCGUAACCAUGAACAGUGUAAGCGCGAACAGCGUAACCGUGAACAGCGUAAGCGCGAACAGCGUAACCGUGAACAGCGUAACCGUGAACAGCGUAACCGUGAACAGCGUAACCGUGAACAACGUAACCGUGAACAGCGUAAGCAGCGUAACCGUGAACAGCGUAAGCGUGAACAGCGUAACCGUGAACAGCGUAACCGUGAACAGCGUAACCGUGAACAGCGUAACCGUGAACAGCGUAACCGUGAACAGCGUAACCGUGAACAACGUAACCGUGAACAGCGUAAGCAGCGUAACCGUGAACAGCGUAACCGUGAACAGCGUAACCGUGAACAACGUAACCGUGAACAGCGUAAGCAGCGUAACCGUGAACAGCGUAACCGUGAACAGCGUAACCGUGAACAGCGUAACCGUGAACAGCGUAACCGUGAACAGCGUAACCGUGAACAACGUAACCGUGAACAGCGUAACCGUGAACAGCGUAAGCGUGAACAGCGUAAGCAGCGUAACCGUGAACAGCAAUCUCUUUAA